CCAGGGCUAUGCAGGAAUGCCGUUGAAGAGUAGUCAAUUCGGUAAACCGCACGCGCUGACAUACGAGUUCGCGCUGCAGGCUCUGAAAACACAGAUGAACGACAAGACAGGACUAUCACUGGGGAAAGUGUAUGGUGUUGGUGACAAUCCUACGUCAGAUAUCCGCGGAGCUAACAAUCAGGCUUCAAUGUCGUCUGUCAUGGUAUGGGCUCG